AGUACUACGUCGAGAAAUGCAUUGAUCAGUGGUAACUGUCUGAAGAGUAGUGCUUAAGAAUACACACCUGAAAAGGGCAUUUCCUCCUGAAACGAUUGUAGAACUGGUAUGAAAAUUAAUGGAUGCGUGAAGCACUAUUAAAGAUACCCUGGACUUCUGUAUAUUUUACAUAGCAAACAACCCGUGUAAUCCGGAUUUGAGAAGUGGAAGGGAGCUACAACUGUAUGAAACAAUCCCGGGGCUACACUAACGGCUACAGUUUAUCUUGGAAACCCUGUAAGCUGUCAUUAUUCUGCACAAAAUUUGUACCUGAUACGAGCACUGCUGCAAUUUAUGUAAUUAUAAGUAGCUGGGAGCUAUCCACAGUUCUUGGUUCUGAAUACCUUGUCGGUGAUAGGUAGAGAGACGGUCUUCGGAAAGUCUAGCAUUUCCGCAAUAUUAGAGCUAUCCAACCUUUCAGUGCUGAAACCCCAUUCCACAGAAGGAGUCAAAGGCCUAAAACUUCAAACAUAACCCUUGUGGGUGUAGUAUGUAUCAAACUCCGCAGUUUAUUUUUUGAAGACACCAGAGGUCAAGAUAGUUUGAUCUCACGCACCAGAUUUAUAAGAUUUCACUGAUGGCAAAGCCAUACUCAUCCCACAGAGACAUGAGUGGACUAUGUAGCAAUGAAAUUUGGAUAGAGCAUGAAUUGAACUCUGAAGAUGGAAUUAAAGUCCAGGAGAACAUUCAACACACUUAUGAGUCAGUGUGUAUUUCAAAUGAUGAAGAAGAACAUGGUACUGAGGAAGAGGAAGAUGAAGGAGAUGAAGAAGGGGAAAAGCCUAAGAGAAGAGGUCCUAAGAAGAAAAAAAUGACUAAAGCUAGAAUAGAGAGAUUCAGGGCCCGGAGAGUUAAAGCAAAUGCUAGAGAACGCACACGUAUGCAUGGACUUAAUGAUGCAUUAGAUAAUCUUCGAAGAGUAAUGCCAUGCUAUUCCAAAACUCAGAAACUAUCCAAGAUUGAGACACUGAGACUUGCCAGAAAUUAUAUUUGGGCCCUUUCUGAAGUAUUAGAAAAUGGUCAAUAUCCCGAAGGGAAGAACUUCAUUGAGAUGUUGUGCAAAGGUUUAUCACAGCCCACUACUAAUAUUGUGGCAGGCUGCUUGCAAAUGGGUUCCCAACCUCUGUAUAUCGAAAAGCUUGAAGAGAAGGCACACAUUUGUGAAUCUCUUGUUGCUGGUCAAAAUUUCACAUAUCAGUCUCCAGGGCUUCCAAGCCCACCGUAUGGUAACAUGGAUACACAUCUUCUGCACAUUAAACAACCAGGUUUUAAAAAACUGGCUGAACCCUCUUUUGUGUCACAGACCCCAGAUUGUACUACCCCACCUUAUGAAGGGCCUUUGACCCCACCAUUAAGUAUCACUGGCAAUUUUUCUUUGAAGCAAGAUGGUUCAUCAGAACUGGACAAAUCAUAUGCUUUCAUGGCUCAUUAUCCAGCUGUGGGUCUCACAAGUGUUCACUCUCCUCAUAGUUCCCACCUUCAGACUGCAUUGCCUCGCUAUGAUAUGCCUAUAGAUAUGACCUUUGACCCAUACCCUUCUCAUAUUGUAAGCACACAGCUAAAUGCUAUUUUCAAUGAAUGAUCAUUGCUUAACUUUUUUUUCCACAAAUUAGUAUUGGAUUGAUGUUAUCCAGGGGAUCGUUGGAAGUAAGAUUAUAAUACUGUGGGCACACACACACACACA